GAGGGCUCGCCUGGCGGAGCUUAGCGCAGCUCGCUCGGCGCUGCCAGCCGGCGGAGCGGGUGGGGGCGGACACUGGGCUUCUGUGUGCCAGCCGCAGCCGUUGGCUGGCGGACGCCCAAUCCCGGGGCAUGCCGCGGGAGGCUGGCCUGGACGCACGGUGAAAGACGAGUUUGGUGGCAGGCUUGACCCCCCGGGCUGCCCGCAGAAGCCGGCGGUCGGGCCGCGGCGGCGGGGCUGGGCUGGGCUGCAGCGGUGGGAGCCGGGCCCCCCGGGGUCCCAGGGAAGGGGGCGGCAUGGCUUCGGUAUUCAUGUGCGGCGUGGAGGACCUGCUGUUCAGCGGCAGCCGCUUCGUGUGGAACUUGACCGUGUCCACGCUGCGGAGAUGGUACACGGAGAGGCUGCGGGCUUGCCACCAGGUGCUGCGGACGUGGUGCGGGCUGCGGGACGUGUACCAGAUGACAGAAGGCAGGCACUGCCAGGUGCACCUCCUGGAUGACCGGAGACUGGAGCUGCUGGUUCAGCCCAAACUUUUAUCAAGAGAAUUGUUGGACCUCGUGGCUUCACAUUUCAACCUGAAAGAAAAGGAGUACUUUGGAAUAACAUUUACAGAUGACACAGGUCAGCAGAACUGGCUACAGUUAGAUCACCGAGUUCUUGACCAUGAUCUGCCAAAGAAGCCAGGCGCUACCGUUUUGCAUUUCGCUGUGAGGUUUUACAUUGAAAGCAUAUCGUUUUUAAAGGAUAAAACCACCGUGGAGCUGUUUUUCCUGAACGCCAAGUCCUGUGUGCACAAGGGGCAAAUCGAAGCGGACAGUGAAACCAUCUUCAAGUUAGCCGCGCUUGUGUUACAGGAAGCCAAAGGGGAUUAUGCCAGUGAUGAAAAUGCCAGGAAAGAUUUAAAGACCCUACCAGCCUUUCCCACCAAAACUCUUCAGGAGCACCCAUCCCUUGCUUACUGUGAGGACAGGGUAAUUGAGCAUUAUUUGAAAAUCAAAGGUCUGACUCGGGGUCAAGCUGUGGUCCAGUAUAUGAAAAUAGUAGAAGCUCUACCCACUUAUGGAGUCCAUUAUUAUGCAGUAAAGGAUAAACAAGGACUUCCUUGGUGGCUUGGAAUCAGCUAUAAAGGAAUUGGCCAGUAUGAUCUGCAAGAUAAAGUGAAACCUCGGAAAUUAUUCCAAUGGAAACAGCUGGAGAACUUAUAUUUCCGUGAGAAGAAAUUCGCCGUUGAAGUUCACGAUCCACGGAGGAUUUCUGUGUCAAGAAGAACCUUUGGGCAAAGUGGCCUCUUUGUGCAAACGUGGUAUGCAAAUCCUUCCCUCAUCAAGUCCAUCUGGGUAAUGGCGAUUAGUCAGCAUCAGUUUUACUUGGACCGGAAGCAAAGCAAAGCAAAAAUUCCUUCAGCCAGGAGUUUAGACGAUAUCGCAAUGGAUUUGACUGAGACAGGAACACCGAGGGUCUCCAAAAUGGUGACGCUGGAGGCAAAAAGUCAGUUCAUCAUGGCGAGCAAUGGCAGUUUAAUCUCCUCAGGUUCUCAAGACUCAGAAGUUAGCGAGGAGCAAAAGAGAGAGAAAAUCCUGGAGCUCAAGAAGAAGGAAAAGCUCUUGCAGGAAAAGCUCCUGAAAAAAGUCGAGGAGCUUAAGAAGAUCUGUUUGCGGGAGGCUGAGCUCACCGGCAAAAUGCCAAAGGAAUAUCCGCUGAACAUAGGUGAGAAACCGCCUCAGGUCAGAAGGCGUGUAGGCACUGCGUUCAAACUGGAUGGCAGCCUGCUGCCGAGUGAAGAGGAUCCUGCUUUGCAAGACCUGGAGAGCAAUUUCCUAAUACAGCAAAAGCUAGUCGAAGCUGCGAAGAAACUUGCCAACGAGCCAGACCUUUGUAAAACCGUGAAGAAAAAACGAAAGCAAGAUUACACGGAGGCAGUGAAAAAGCUUCAGGAGAUUGAAAACGCGAUAAAUGAAUAUCGAAUCAGAUGUGGAAAGAAGCCCAGCCAGAAAGCCACAGUUAUUUUACCAGAAGACAUAAUCCCAUCGGAGAGCAGCUCCUUGUCUGACACUACCACCUAUGAUGAUUCCAAUGACACCUUCACUCUCGCUGGGCAGCGACCAAGUUCAGUACCUCAUUCUCCAAGAAUUCUUCCCCCCAAGUCUCUCGGUAUUGAGCGAAUCCAUUUCAGAAAGUCAUCCGUCAAUGAACAGUUUGCGGAGACCAGGCAGUCCAGGGAAAUGCUGUCGACCCACAGCAGCCCUUACAAAACCCUGGAGCGGCGGCCCCCCGGCGGACGGAGCAUGCCCACCACUCCCGUUCUGACCCGAAAUGCCUACAGCAGCAGCCACUUGGAACCCGAAUCUUCAGCCCAGCACUGCCGCCAGCGCAGCGGAAGCCUCGAGUCUCAGUCCCACCUGCUGUCUGAGAUGGACAGCGAUAAGCCAUUUUUCUCCCUCUCCAAAUCCCAAAGAAGCAGUAGUACGGAAAUCCUGGACGACGGGUCCUCCUACACCAGCCAGUCAAGCACGGAGUAUUACUGCGUGACGCCCGUCGCCGGCCCCUAUUACACUACCCAGACUCUGGACACUCGUGCCAGGGGCCGGAGAAGGUCCAAGAAACAGAAUGUUUCGACUUCAAAUUCAGGAAGCAUGCCCAACCUAGCACAAAAGGAUAGUUUGAGGAAUGGCGUCUACACAAAGAGCCAGGAGCAACCUUCUUCUAGUUACUAUAUUGCUGGGUACACACCCUAUGCAGAGUGUGAUCUUUAUUACAGCGGCGGCUACGUCUAUGAGAACGACACGGAGGGACAGUACAGCGUCAAUCCUUCCUACCGUUCGUCAGCCAACUAUGGAUACGAGCGCCAGCGGGACUACAGCAGAUCCUUUCAUGAGGAUGAGGUCGACCAUGUGCCCCAUAACCCAUAUGCAACUCUCCGGCUGCCUAGGAAGGCUGCUGCCAAGUCGGAGCACAUCACCAAAAACAUCCACAAGGCCUUAGUUGCAGAGCACCUGCGUGGCUGGUACCAGCGGGCCUCUGGACAAAAGGACCAGGGGCACAGCCCACAGACUAGCUUUGACUCAGACAGGGGAUCGCAGAGGUGCUUGGGGUUUGCAGGGCUGCAAGUACCCUGUUCUCCCAGCAGCCGAACAUCCUCCUACUCUUCCGUAUCUUCUACAAAUGCUUCUGGGAACUGGAGGACCCAGAUAGCAGUAGGGCUAUCCGACUACGACUACGAGACCCCGGCACAUUCUUCCUACACCAGCUGCUAUGGCAACAUCUAUAAUCCUUUGCCCUCUCCAGGCAGACAGUACCCAGAGAUCAGCACAGAGGGAAGCCGGUCAGAGGACAGCCUGGAGAGCAGGGAGCAGAGGCUGUUCUGGCAUGAAGAUUCGAAGCCUGGAACGUUAGUCUGAACUGCCGUCGGACCUCUUGGCCAAGCGCUGCGUCCUCACACUAGUGUGCCUUGCAAAAUGUGUUGUCUUCCUAGAAAGCUGUUCGGCUCUAGAAAGCUAAAGGCAUCCAAGGUCCAAGAGAGGACUUACUGGCCCUGGAAGGGAGUCCCCCACGGAGGCUGAGCCUGCCUGUGCUGGGUCCCUGAACGACUUGCCUUCCCCCCUUCGGGGCACUCACCCAACAGAGCCAGGUGGAACUGUGGCCAAGGGAGGACUCAGCCUCGAUCGGUAGCAAGCACUUUUUAAGGGAAUAAAAGUUGUUGAAGGCAAACCGCAAAACUGUGACCAGUGCGUUCAGGGUCUCCAGUAGGAAGGAAGGACGGGAAAUUGCAGAGCACAAUUCAGAAUGAUGAGAAAAGGGAAAGCAGAAGCUCCUUAGUCAUUACUCACCUUCAGAAAGUUUGGGUUUGUGAGCCGGCGAGGAGUCACUUGCUCUCUCUACCCGCAUCUGAACCAUUUAGACAGUAUUGGAAAAUUACUUGAAGAGAAGCUGGAUUCUCAUGAAGUUUGGAAUGAGUUGUAAAUGUUUCUAGGAUAUUAUAAAGAGUGAUGGUUUUCAUAAGCCCCGUAAAAUGGGUUCUGGAGAGACUUAUUGCUGUAGCAUCCUGUAAUAUAACUUUAUGGUAGCAGAUUGGGAAAAACAAAGCAGCCCACUGAAUAAUUGACAAACUCUGCUUGGAGAAUAUUCUAAGGUACAGUAUUAUUGGGUCCCUUUUUUCUUUCUGUACAGUGGCCUGAUGGGUUAUAUUAUUCAGGCUGGUGACUCUCCCAUUUGGCUGCCAUUGGAAAUGGCAGACCUGUUAUGGAAAGUUUUUCUAAUCCAGAGUUUGAAAAAGUACUUUAAGGUAAUACAGAAAGAACCCAAAACAAAAUGAAAUGAAAAAAAAAAAGAAAAAAGCCACAGCAUUGUUGAUGAAUUGCGUGCCUUAAAAUGGUGAACAUUAGAAAAGUAAGUGUAUUGUCCAGAUUCCGCAGGCGGGGGUGGGGGGGGGGGUUCUAAGUCACCAAAUGACAAAAACAAGAUUAGUCAUUAAAAAAAACAAAAACAGAAAAAAACUCCAAGCUGCAGUAGAUUUAAUUAUGAGGCUAAAACUACCUCAUACUUUAUUCCGAAGAACUAAUUAGCUAUGGUUUAUUGUAGUGUGUUUUUUACAAAAACAAAAGACAAAACAAAACAAAAAACAAAUAUUUCCGUAUUCUAGAUUGCUCUUUUUUGUCAUCUUCACUCUGCUUCAAUAUUCCAUAAAAGGUGCUCCCUUCCCCCCUUUUAUACAGGUUUCAUGUUCAUAUUGUGAAUAGAGAAGUUUCUGAACAACUUUUUUGGAACAUUUUCUAUCUAUAUUCCAAAGCAUGUAAUAUAUACAUAAAGAUGAUUUGUUAAACUGGUCCUUAGUCAUUUGUAUCAUUAAAUAUGAAGUUUGGGGGAAAAAUUUGGAACAAACAAGAAGACAUGCAAAAAAACCAAGUUAUUCCUUUUUGCAUAUUUGUAUAGCCUUCUAGAAACAGAAAUACCCUUUUCCAUAUUCUUUUACUGUUCUGACUUUUUAAGACCUAUUAUUUUUUUUACAUAGGUCAAUAAAAACUGAAGGUGUGCUACUGAAAAUGUUUACGUCUUCUUCCAUUACAUUCAGGGUUCAAAGCAGUUUAAAGUGCUCUACGUCAAGUAAUCAUGUUGGACAAGAUGGCAGAUUUUCAGUUAUUAGUAUUAUGAUAUUCUAUUGAUGCCAAAAUGCACAUUUUUUCAUAUUUACAUCUUUGAAAUCAGGAUACAUCUUUUGAUGGAUGGCAUGCUCUCAGUGAAUUGGCAGUGUUUUUUUCUUUCUUGGUGCUCCAUAAAAUAAUGCUGUGUCUCACAAUAAAGUUGUCUUAGAAUUGAUGAAA